AUGUCUACCAAAGGCAGUCAGAGAGUGACAAUCCCACGGCCAAGGCCGACACACCCCACCCACCGAUUGGAUAUGGAUAUUGAAGCUCACGAGCCUCCACAUGUGGAGGAGAUCGAAGAACGGCUGGUCGAAUAUCCUCCAAACAACUUCUAA